ACUUAAUUAAACCCUUCAUGUCUUGUCCAAACCAAACCGCGGAGUCGUCUCGUUUUAUCGGUUGUAAUGGCUGAAUCUCGCAGAGUUCAGUUCACCACUUUGACCUGUGAUGUACCUUCAUCCUCUGACAAACCAGGUUCGGCCCAAAAGUCUCCAUCAUACGUCAUGCAGGGAAAAGAAAACGGUUCAGACGGACCAGUUGACACCGACACAGUCCGGCUCGUCCUCAAGUUAUUUGAGCCUGACGAUCGGGACUUUCCAGAGUUCAGCUACAGUCAACUCGUUGACAACAAGAUCAGCCACGUGGUAAAAGAUGAUGUCCCACUGAGCAGAUUUGAAAUGGAAGAAAAGCAAGAGAAUGAAGAGAUGGCUGCUCUGGCAAGGAAGUUGGAGGAGAAAUAUGGUGACAAACCUAAGAAAAAGAAGGACCGCAUUCAGGACUUGAUCGAUAUCGGAUAUGGUUAUGAUGAUGAGGAUUCUUUCAUCGACAACUCUGAGGCUUAUGACGAGUUUGUGCCGGCCUCCAUCACCACCAAGUUUGGUGGAUUCUACGUGAAUUCGGGCGUGCUGCAGUUCCGCCAGGCUUCAGACACUGAGACUGAGGACUUCACAACAGAAGAGAAAACACUUCAGCCCUCAAAAAAACGCAAACUUAAUGGAGUACAGGAUAAAGAAAAGAAGAAACCGUGCAGAGAAGAUGGAGAGACGAAAAACAACAUGGAUGCUAAGUCAAGCACUUUAUCUGAAAUUGUACUGAGUGAUAAGAAGAAGAAAAAGAAGAAAAAGGCUGUUGGUACAUUGAGCGUCACCAGCAUGCUGAAAAAGUUUCAAAAAGAAAAGGAGCGGGAGCGACAGAAGAUGGAAAAAGCAAAUCAGAAGGCGGCUACAAUCAUGGGUGCACCCAAAAUCCCUCUCUUUCCGGCAGAUGCAGGCGGCGGUGGGGGCUCAGGAUUGACCGACCCUCUCCUGAGUUUAAUUGGCUCUACCAAUGACCACGCACUCAUCCAAGCAGCCAGCACAGUGGAUUUCGACAUUGAUUUGGACUCUUUAUUAGAUGUCACUGAAGAGACUUCGUCGCUGAAAUCGUUUCCAACCACAGAGACGCAGCUUCACCAGCCCAAAACUGAUUAUCAGACUCACUCCAGUGUUUCCUCUGAUGCUCAGCCUCCAUAUAGAAAGACUAAUUCCCAGCUGAAACCUCCUCCAGAACAAAUCCAGCUCGUAUCGGAAGCCAGUUCUACUUCGCCUCAUCAGUGUGCCCCCCUGCCAGAGGGACUUCAACCACAACUGGAAGACCGCAUUAGAAAACUCAUGCUGGCUGCCAAAACCUCUGAGGGAGAGUCGAAACUCAAGUUCUUCACCCCAGAAGUCAACUCAAUCCUGCUAGAAAUUGAGUUUCAGUGUCGGGAGCAGGGUGGCCAGUUGCGCUCCAAGGUGUACACACACCUGUCUUCUUUCCUACCCUGCAGCAGAGAGACGCUCCUCAAACGUGUAAAGAAACUGUUGCUCACACACGCGGAGGAUCCCCCUAAUGUGGAGGAUCCCAUGCAGAAACUUAAGGAGGCCAUUGGCAGAGCUAUGCCCGAGCAGAUUACGAGUUUCUAUGAAAACUGUAAAGCAUAUGAACAAGUCAAGACUCCAAAGGAAACAGAGGAGGGGACAUAUGGCACACAGAAGGUGAAUGAUGGCCCAGAGGACAACGUGGAGGAGAAAGGUGGAAAGAGAGGAGGUCCUAAGAAGUUGUUCAAAUGGAACGAGGAGAUCAGGGAGUGCUUGGGCCAAGUGUUAAGGGCAAAAAUGGAUAGAUAUAAAAGGGAAAGGAAAGGGAGCCAGGAGAUGGAGGAGUAUCUGAAGAUGCUACUAGACAAUGAGGUGAAACCGCUUUGGCCAAAAGGGUGGAUGCAGUCUAGGGUGCUGAUGAGGGAAAGCAAGAAAAUGUUAAGCCUCUUCACUGCAUUACCAGUAAAGAAGGCCAGGACUGAGAAGAAGCAGUCAUCUAUCAUUGGGGCUCCAACCACAUCAGAUAGCUGCAGCAUUUUUCAGGGAACUCCACCACUGAAAGGAGAACUCCCCCAAGAAACAGACGACGUCUUUAUCGAAGGCUCAAACAUCUCCAGUUCAAAGUCACUUGGUGCUGCGAAGAAGGAAAUUGCUUCCUUGAAAAACGUGAAAAGUAAAACAGGAGGAGGUGUGGUAUUGGAUGCUGGUGCUUCUACACCGGUGGAGACAAACAAACCUCUGGUCAAUGUCACUUCUUCUGCUCCGGUUCAUUCACUUCUGGAUGUCCUUGCUGAUCAAGCACUGGCUCGAGAGCAACCUCUCUCAGUCUCCCAGGAGCUCCUGGCAGCAGCGGUUGCAAAAUACAAACGUUCAGUUCAGCAGUGGAGCUUCAGUGUGGACACCAAAAGUCCUCCUUUUCCUCCUCCACCUCCCCAGUCCAGCCCGGUCGGCUUCCCAGUGAGCGGAGUGUGUCAUGUUGUUUUGCCUCGGCUGCUGCCGGAUUUCACCAGGCACGGGGAUGCUGGCCAGGUGCACAUUUCUGAUGACGAUGACGUUAUCAUACUAUGACAACUCCCAACGCAGAUUUGUACGCAACUGUAGCAGUUUCCUUGGAGGUGGACUGGACAGAUGACAAGAUUCUAACCAACACUUGUGGUAGUUACAUUAUCAAAAAAUCAACAGUGGUAAAGAGCUGCCUGGCUAAAGUUGAUGAAUUAUUAUUCAGAUGUUUUGUCUACAGUCAUCAGCGUUGGUCUUCAGCUGAAAAUGUGUUGAAAUGUGCUCUGUCUGUCAUCUUUAAUCCUAUGUUGGGAGCUCAGACAAAGGAGAAGUAACACUUUUACCAGUGGAAAAGUGAGAGAUGUGAACUGGAAGUUGACGUCCUCAAAUCACUCUCAUCUGUUUCUGACCAAACCCUAUGAGAAACAUGUACUCAAAGACUCACCUGUGAUAAUGACCCUUUAACUCUGACUCUGUAUUUGAAAGGCUUUGUUUGAAAUUUGAAUGAUAUACUUUAAACUGAUAAAUAAUAAAGAUUAUAUGUUGCAUAACAA